CGAGCACAAGAAUAGUUUUCCCAUCUUAUCUUGCAUCCUCAGCUCAACAUUUGGCACUCCUCAUCAAAGUAGAGCAACAGGUGCUGCUAAACUAAUAACUCACUAAGUAGAUGACUAAUAUUUGUUUCAAGUAAUUCAGCCACCUGCAAGCAUGUUUUCCUUGUCUAUGAUGGUCGGGCUAGUCCCCGUUGUGUCUAUUUUUGGUUUGUUGUACUGUGCUACAAUGGAUGAGAACUUUCCUCAGGGCUGCACUAACAACAACAAUCUAUGUUUCUACAGUCUCCUGCUACCUGUCACUAUUCCCGUGUAUGUCUUCUUCCACUUGUGGAGCUGGAUAGGAAUUAAACUGUUCAGGCACAAUUAAUUUGUUGCUAAAAUGUAAAAUGAUAAAGCAUGACUGUCCCUUGUUUUCACGUUUUUAUGUGUUAAACUCACUUUAAUUUUGCUUUAUAAAAAUAAUAGCUGCACGUUAAUGUUCUGUAAAGAUACCAUAUUCUCAAUACAAUAAACUGUACCAAUAACAUAA